AUGUCCAUGACCUGUAGCACGCCUCAGUUUAACAUUCCGUUCAUUUCUUCCGUCUCGCCAUAUAUGGACUCGCAUUACAUCACUUCGGCCCCAGCACCUCCGAUAGACCUGCCUGGGCCGGCCAAGUUCAGCCGCGUCAGCCCUCAGCUGGAAUUGCCUCCGUCGCCGUCCUCUUCGACGGGUUCGCAUCGAGUGAGCAAGGCAAAGAAGGGAAAGCGAGUGCAUGGGUGUGAGUUUCCAGGAUGCAAUAAGAUCUUUACACGAGCCGAACAUCGCCGGCGUCACGAGUUGAGUCACAAGGAUAAGAAGCUAUAUGCCUGUACCUAUGAGGGCUGCACAAAGGCGUUUCACCGAUCCGACUACCUUUCUCAGCACGUUGCACGACACGAAUCCGAGGCCUCGUCCCUCAGAACACCACCUCUUCGCAGCAGCUCAGUCUCAUCUCCAACACACUCUCACCCUAACUCUGUUCGAUCGCCAGUCACUCCAGCCUUUCAAACCGUCCUACCCAGAACGGAACCUGCCUCGACAUCAUCCAUGGUCGCCUGUUGUCAUUGCUACAACUGCCAGAGCCGUACAGGACCUUGCGUAAACGUGCAGCCUAUCUACUUCUAUCCUAGCACACCUCAACCACCGCUGUCGAGUGCUCCGCUUCUUCCUUCGCAAUUUGCAACAUCGCAAGGACCAGUUGCUUUCGAAACAUCAAUGGAUCAGUAUCUCCGAAGCGUUCUGCGACCGGAAGCAUUUCUCCCAACGCCGCAACCGCUCUCGUCAUCGCCAAAGCAGGAGCAGCCGGGGUCUGCACACUGGGCAUCAAUUAUCGACCCGCAAUUGCCCCCAUUGAAUGCCAUGGGCUUUCAGAACUCUACACCAUACUCUCCGUGGACCACCGGUGCCGACAGCGUACCAGCUCCAGUGCAUUCCACACGGGAGAUGACCGAUUAUACGUCCCCUUCAAGGAAUUCGUGA